UCAGUGUGGUUCCCGAAUUACACAAAUAUAUAAGCACUUGUGCCAAAGGGAAAGGACCAAAAGCUGUAAUGGAACUUACCAAGAAAAAGCAAACUCUAAGUGCAUACCAGUCAAGAAAAACAAAGAUUGAGAAAAACAAGAUGGAAAGUGAAGCUUCUGAUCAACCUAGCAUGAUUCCCAAGGUAGUAACUCCAGUUACUCAGUCGAGAAUUAUUCCCAAAUUAAUAACACCAGUCAAUCAGUCUAGCAAUAUUCCUAAGUUAGUAACACUAGUCAAUCAGCCUAACAUUAUUCCCAAGGUAGUAACACCUAGAUCUAGAAGGUUAUGAUGAGACAUUAAAGAAUCAAAUCAUCAGUAGAUUUUCGGAAGGUUUUAGGAUACCAUUUGAAGGUACUUUGCCUAAAGGGGAACCUGGAAACCUCAAAUCAGCUUUUACACAAAAUAAAGAAAUGAAAGAUAAGAUUGCGAAAGAUUUGAAUGAAGGUAAACUUAUC